ACCACAGCAACACGAUAUCCAACAGUAGAACAGAAUUGCAGGGCAAUGUCGCUGAAUGGGUUGGACGAUCUGAAGAUCAAAGAGUCCCAUGAUGCGGCGGUAGCAGAACCAGGAGGAUGGUUUCUCCUCAAAUAUGCUUCCAGGGACGAGGUCGAAUUGGCCGGGCGAGGAAAUGGGGGAAUAGUGGAGAUUCGAAAUGCGAUUGCACAGUUCGAGGAACCCUCUCCAUUAUUCGGAUUUCUGCGAUAUAGGAGGAGAAAUGUGGUCAUUAAAUACGUACCGGAGGAAUGCUCCAGAUUGGUGCAAGCGCGAGUUUCUGUACACUUCAAUGCGGUCACAGAACGAUUCUCUCCCCAUGACACUGUAUUCCCAAUCACCACUGCGAAGGAGCUUCGAGACACGACCCUCUCUGCCGCAUGCUCGUUACAUACUGCGUCGGGAUCCACGUCCUCGUCUACAAGCUCUUUGCGGCGGAGGCGUUUGAUGGAAAUAGCGGAAGAUGCUGAGGAAGAAACUCGAGCGAAGAGGCAAUCGACAGUACCAGAAGAACGACCCCCCACCGCCAAAACAGCAACAUCUCUCUCGGGAACACAAGCACCCUUGCCAGAGUCUAGUCUGCUACCAGAUCUACCAAGUGGCCUUCCGCCAUCCGCGAGCUUUAACUCUAUGGUGUCUGAAGCUGGGUCAUAUGUCUCCCCUGUGAAAGAUUCGCAAGGGCACGAUACCAGGCCAUACUCUCCAACAGAACGACGAAAAUCUUCACAGUCUAUGCGACCCGAUCUUUACACCUUGUCGUCGUACGGCUCGAAUGGACGACCGAAAGUCAAGUUAGGGCCAAGACCAUCGCUGGAUGUCGGAGGAAGACCACAUACAUCGGGAGCAGCGUCAUACUAUCGUCCAGUCUCAACUCUUCCGGCGGGACUGAAACUGUUUUCCAAAGGAUCUAAGAAAGACAAAGACAGAAACAAGUCGGAACAUCCCACGGAACCUCCCACCAUGACAAUUUCUCCUCCAGUGCCAGAUUCAAUGCUGUCGCCGACACAGAACAUACAAACAAGGCCCCACACCAGUGGUGGACGACCAAAUAUAGGCUCAGAAUCUUUGACUUCGCCCACAUUGACAUCGCCAAACUCCAGUACAGGCCCUAGGCAGCCUAUAAUAACACCAGAAAAGGCGCGAUUAAUGAAAGCGAUGCAAUUGCGAAACAAGAAGAAAAUGGAAGCCGUAAAACCCACGGAACCAGUAUCUCAGGAACACUCAGAGUCUUUGGCGAGCCCAAUUAGAACAGACGAGACAAUGUCAAAUGGAGCACCGAAGGAUGUGGACGAUACCUUGAACACCAUGGAUAUGCUUGCGAAGGCGGAUGAUUCAGGGAUUGCAUUUGAUGCCAAUUCUACAUUAAGGACAGACGAAUCGGAUGCAACACGAUCAGAUUCUUACCCAGUCUCCCCUAUCGGACCUUCGGAGAAGGCCGAAUCGACCAGGGCAUCGUCAAUAUCGGAAUCGACUGACGAGACCGUUCACAAUAGCCUUAAACAGCCUAUUCUAGAAGAGCCGCAUGUAGAAACCGAGUUGGAAGAAGUCACUUCGGAUAGCGAGGAUACCACGCCAAUUGCGAAGAGCAGCACCAUCUCGACAUCCUUGGAACCUGCAGAAGAAAAGCUUGAACAGCUUUCGCCUACCGUAUAUAAUCCUUUACAGGCGUGGACUGAGACUCCAGAAGUGGUAGCACCAAGAGUAGAAGAGAAGGAGGUAGUGGAAGAGCAAUCUACGCCAGUAGCUCAGCAAAUACAGGAAACUCCGGAGUCCGCAAUACAGCACAGUGAAUCAAUUGUUCCGGCAUUAAGCACUCCAGGAAUCGAAGUCAGCUCGCCAGUGACGUCUCCCAAGGAGGCGACACAUGGUCAAGAUCAAAGCGCAGUAGCGGAUUCUGUUCCUCAAGACGUGGAGCCGCUCUCGCCGUCAAGAAAGAUGAAGAUCCCAACUUCACGAUUCAAUGUUCAGGAGCCUGAAGAAGAAACUGAUGUGGCAAGUCGAGAACUCCCUGCGCCCGUUCUUGAUGCGGAAAUUACUGCGUCCGAGAAGUCGCCUGUUGGGAGCACGUUUUCCACAGGUGAUGAGAGUCAAGACGUCCAGAACUCUAAGAGGCAGAGGCGAAAAGGCCUUGUCGAGCCUAUUCGCACAGAUCUCGAGAUUGUUGGCCGAAGUCGCGCGAACUCCGAUGUCAACUUCUCCUCGGACGAUGAUCUAAUGGAAGAGCUGUCUUCAGCUGUGGUGCAAGAGGCCCAACCGAUCUCUGUUUCGAAGUCGCCUGUUAGUCCUGUAUUCCCAAGUCCAAAGAAGAAACAAGGAGAGUCGAGCAGAUUUUCACGCGUAUUCUCAACUCCUUUGCGAAAGGAAAAAUCUGAUACUCUGGAACUACCAUCCGCUGAUCGGCCACCAUCGAGAUCUGUGUCUGCUGGCGCAGCAUAUCUCAAUCGUAUCAGCCAACAGCCAAGCAAGCCUUUGGCUAAGAAGGUCAAUCUGGGGUCCGGAAUUUCGCAAAGAAUCAAGGCUCUAGAGAAGUUACAAAGCCUGGCGCCUGGUGCUACGGCCACUGGAACAACCGGUCCCCCACCAGGGUCAUCACCCGCUUUCUUCUCGGUCCGGAAGGCAAGCGUGCGUGGCAAAUCGCCCUCUAUUGCGGAGAGAGCGAACUCGUUGACAAGAAAUUCGCCUUCAAACUCUCCUGAUUCGUCACCAGAAACGUUCAAACCUCGAGAAAGAUCUGGAUCUGUGAGAAGUCGCUUAGAUGUUUUCACUUCUGGGGGCGUUCCAACCACCUUACCUGCUCGGUCACGACCGGAAUCCAUCUCUGUAACAGCCCGGAUCAUACGGGACCCCUCACAGCCAUUUCCCUCAAAAUCAGAACUUGGGAAGGAUCCCUCGGAAUAUGCUCCUCUGGACCUGAAACAGUCACCACUGGUGAUAGAUCAUCAAAGAGCGGUUGUGCAACCACCAAAAGAGACAAUCCAAGAACGACGACUUUCCAAGGAGAGACGCUUGUCAACAUCCUCCAAGGCGACAACGACGAAAGAACGGCGGUCAUCGAUAACCAUUAUUAAAGACCUGAUCAGCGACCGAAGAUCGUCCUUUUCCGAGCGUCGGCAAUCAGUUACUAUAGAAACUGCAACAUCACCAUCAGGAAGAUCUUCAUCCCGACCACCUUCCGUGCAUGCUUCUCCAGCACACCAGCGACCGAUGUCCAUCAGCAGUCGUCCGUCAACCUCUAGCCGAGAUCCUGCACAAUCUCUCUCUCCACCUCCCACAGCGGGCUCAACAUCAUCGACUGGCGAUGAGAAGGCUGAGAAGAAGUCAAACAGAGCAAGUCGUAUGAUGCGACGAAUGUCGUCGGGGAUUUCGGCAAGCCGCAAAACUAUUGCACAUGCCAUCUCCCCAACUGUUCGUGAAGAAUCCGAGCCUCUCCACAAUAAUGAUGCUCAGUCGAUGACUUCAUCAUACCCCUCCAACAAUUCUAUGGCACCCAGUAGUGUUGAUAUUGGCGACGUGAACGUCCAGUUCCCAGAUAGUUUACUCUGGAAACGAAGAUCGAUGCUCCUUGAUUCGCAAGGAUUUCUUAUCAUUUCGCCUGCGCUGAGUGCACAUGGGAACGGACGAGACAAGGCCAAUGCAGGUGCCACUCGUCGAUUCCACUUGAGUGAGUUUAGGACACCGUCCAUUCCAGAUGUGGAGAUGCAAGAACUGCCAAAUAGUGUUGUACUGGACUUCAUUGAGGGUGGCGGACUACAGCUUGCAUGUGAGGACCGUGCUGGCCAGGGGAGAAUCUUGAGCAGUAAGUAUUCCAUAUGGUCUUCGUCUUCGUUUUACUAAUCAGUUUGUAGUCCUGCAAGAAGCACACCGGACUUGGGCCGCUUACGGUCAAUGAAUUCUCAACCAACGCCCUUGCAACAUCACCUACCGCUCAAACAAGCGGAGCCUGUCACAUACUGAUCGUUUCCUGUCCAUAUACCUUUUCGCCACCGGUCUUGACGCACGAGUCACGACUCACUUGGAUUUGCGACUAACACUUUGCAUAUGUAAUUGUUUGAACUUUACUGCUCUGCCGAUUCCACGGAGCGGAGGCCAAUACCUACCAUACCCACCAAGAUACCAGAUCUCGUCGAUCAAACAACCAAAAUUUGUCCCUUUGUGUUAAUAAUUACUGUCCUGUCCUGUCAUAUCGUGUCACAUGGCAGGCUCGUUUCUUCAGCAAGAGUAAGCAAGGAGGGAGGCUGUUUUUUCUUCGCAACCUUUAGCGUGCGUGUAAGAGCGAGUUAAACCAUGCAUCAUUGCAUUGGUAGGAAAGGUGUUAAGGCGGAUCAAUGAAUGGAAUGGAAAUUGAGUGCUCUUAAGACAUGUUUUAAUAUCCUUGAAUAACUUUCUUGGCUUUUGAUAUAUGACGGAGGUGAUAUAAGUGGAUUGUGAUGUAGGCUUCUCGUCCACCCUUGCGUCUCCCAAGUUGGCGAACUGUCAAAUCUGGCAACAUGUUUUCACGCAAGACAUUUCUUCUUCCUUUAAGCUUCUUGUCCCGGUUGCAUGCCUAUCUAGCCACUCUUCACACCUUUGAGGUUGUUGACAGGUUAUCCUGCCAUGGUCUACUUCUAUUAAUAUUUUGCGUGCUCCACCAUUCCGAAUCUCGUUCUUGAAGCCUUCAUCCCUCCUCAGUUCUUCA